AUGGCCGAUCAACACAACGAUGAAGAUGAGCACCAACGACAAAAUGAUGAAGAAGAGCCUAUAUUUGAUGCGGAUAGCAUGGACAUAUCGGAUCAAAUUGGGAGAGCCUUGGAAAAGUACACUCCUAUUCUACUCAAACGGUUGAAUGCUACAUUAGAAGGAGCGGUGAAUGACCACAUCGCUCAAAUGAUUAAAGAAGAAGUGGCAAUCAAUGUGCAACGGGAAUUUGAAAAGCGAGAUGCCAAGGAUAAAGGCAAGAAAACCGAGGAUGAAAAGGAGGUGGAAGUGACCGGGGAAAGAAUCUAUAAAAAGAAGUUCACUUUUCGAGACUUUGAAGUGUGCCACCCACCGGAGUAUCAUGGUGACCGUGAUCCCAUCGUGUGUACACGGUGGAUAUCCGAGAUCGAGGGGGCAUUCCGUACUAGUCAAUAUCCCUCUCAUUUGAAAGUGGUAUUCGCGGUUGGGAUGUUGAGAAGUGGUGGAAAGAGGUGGUGGGAUGGCUUGUUGACAAUUAAGAAGGGGGCCUUGGAUAAUGUGGAGUGGCCCGAGUUUAAAGAAAUGUUCUUCAAGGAGUUUCGGUCGGAGGCCGAAGUAACAAAGUUGAGAAGUGAAUUUUUGAAUGAUUGUCAAGGCAAUAUGAGCUUGAAUGAAUUCCGAGCUCAAUUCUUGGACAAGGCACAAUUUUGUCCGGAAUUCCUUGAAAAUGAUCAAUUGCUUAAAGAGCAAUUUUACUUGAAGUUAAGGAAGAAUCUUCGGGAGAAGAUUAGUUUACUUCAAAUGGAGUCUUUCUCCAUGUUGGCGGAUGUGGCUAGAGAUCACGAAAUUGAGAUGUCAAGGGUAGAUGAAGGUGUCUUGAAGAGGAAGCACGAAGAAACAAACUCUCCCAAUAAGCGGUUUAGACAAGAGGGUAGUUCCGGUAGCCCCUAUAAUAAAAGAAAUGUUCCAUUUUGCCGUCAAUGCAAGAAAAAUCAUCCGGGGGUUUGUAGAGCGGGAGAUAAGGCUUGUUACACUUGUGGAAAGUCGGGGCAUACUAGCCGGGAAUGUAGGUCCAAACCUCACAAGCCCGUGAUUUGCUUCAAAUGCUUCGAAGAGGGUCACAUGAGAAGCUCAUGUCCGAAAUUGACGGAGGAGGAGAGGUUGGAAGAAAGAAGAAGAUAG